GUGAGAUUGACGAAAGACUGAGCUGGCCUACUACGCCUCUGAUGUACAGGAAAGGGGGAAGGAGAGAGAAAGAAGGAGACCAAUUGCGUAGAGCGACAAAGAAGGGUUUCCUGGUAGAUAGAGCUCCAGGUCCUGGAGGGAUGCCUUACACGAUGAGCGACCAAGUACCGGGAAUCGGGUACAUUGACCAUCACCUCCCCAAGGGCAGUCCUACCUGUUUGAGUGGCCUGACCGGUACCUCAUUGGAGAAAGACACGCCGUUGAAAGACGUUGAGAACGCCAGACUUCUACUAGUGUUUCGACGUUACUAUGCCGGCCAUGCGAGUGUAGUCCUAUGGAGUUUAGUCCGAUCGUGGGAGUUGUUGCUCCCAGAAGUUGAUUGUGGACCAGAGAACUCUCGUGUAUCCGUAUAUCGUCACCCCCGCCGAAGCUGCUCUGGUCAUGUGUUCAGCAUUACUGGUCAAUCGAAGAGUUUUCACGACCCUAGGGUCUACGAUACGAUCCAGGGCUCACGACCGAACCAAACUUCAACCAACGGCUGCCUGGGCUCUCGAACACGCGUCCGCACAGUACAUUGAGCAGCAAGUCGUCAAGAGACGAUUUAUUGUUCACUGACUUUCAGACGACCGCAUGUCAUUCAGUGAUGACCAUUGGUCAAUCUCGACGGUACAAAUGAAGCCUAAGAUCUCGAUAAAUGCGGGUUUUGACACCCUCGUUCGUGUAUCUCCUGGAGUGAGGUCAUGAAGAGACUAACUCACAACGUCGACAAGAAAAUCUUGCCGGUGUGGCGACUUAGGUAUUUGGAUAUAAAGGUCAACGUCUGGAUGACGCGAGUCUAGACGUCCGAUUAGGAAAGCAGUCUUGCAUGCUCGUCAAAAUCCAUCAGAUUGGCUCUUGGUGAUGCUG